AUGUAUCUCUACAAUUCCAUAUACCUCUGUUCUUGUAAGAACAAGACAGAAUCUUCAGUUGCAAUUCCUGCCGCAUUGAGAGGCACGAAACUGACCCUUCCCGACUUGUACUUUUGUUCAAGAUGCCUAGUGCUUAGGUGCAAUGACUGCUGCAUAAUUGAAACUGUGGCCAAGUACUGUGUCAAUUGUAUGACAGACUAUUCAGAUUCUCCUGGAACGACUAGAUGCAUUAAGAAUUGUUUCGAGUGUGUCAAAUGCAGCUCGCCACUAGCAAUCACGGCCCUGGAUGUAGGCAAAGGUAAACAGUUCACUUUCAAUUGUGGGUACUGUGAUUACUCAUACGAAACCGAGGUCAUCACAGAGCCAAUCCCACUCCUGAAACAUCUUCGUGCCAAGGCAGAUCCACGCUUUAGUCGGCUCUGUGAGAAAUACUCUCACAGAGACUCAACGACUCUCACGGCUCAGAUGGAGCAGAAACUCCAGCAAAUGAGCUUGAGCGCUAACACUGAAAACAAGAAGCAAUUUCAUUUGAACAGACUAGGAUCUAAUCCCCAAAGCCUGCUUCCUCCUUUGCCCACCGGAAAACAUCUUGUGGCGAAAAGAUCUUACUCGUGCCCUGGUUGUAACACAAAACUCCUUGAUCCUGUCGCAGAUCCAAGGCUGAUGAAGUAUCUUACAAAGGAGCUUGCAUUGGAUAUACUUCCGUUGCUUGUGGCUAAAGUUGGCCCCGAAGAGCUGGAACUGGAAGGGGAUACUCAAUGCUACCUCAGUGUCAUCAACGCGCUACCCAGCAAUGCCAAAAUCACAAUUUCUACGGUGGAGAAAAUACCCUCAACCUUCAAUAAAACUGAAACUGAAUUAAGCGUUUCCUUACCCGUCACAUCCUUUGCGGUCUCCUCGCGAAGAGAAAAGAUGGGCAUCCUAGAGAGUUUACCGACUCAAUUCCUUACCGACGCAACUGCCGAGUCCCGGGCUGAGAAAUUGACACGUUCAGUGACGAAGGGUGGUCGGUAUUCCGCAAAUUAUGAAGCCAAUGGUCUAGAAAAGGGUGCUAAUUGGGCAACUGUUCCGUUUUCUUACUCAGCAACAGAGGAUCUUGAUUGUGAUAUUCUACCAUGGCUCCCCUUUUACGUUACCAUUGAAACUCGCAUGCCAGCUUCCAUGAAUCGUGCGCUUACUAGUUCUGGUAAUGGUCUAAAGCUAGGUUUCUGGGCCUUGGUCCCGGUAGAGAAAUAG